GAACAGGUGCCACAUUGUGCAGGACGAAGCAGCCUAUAUAAGACGAGGAUCCAGCUCUCCGUCAGAACCGCGCUGACUGGAGCAGAAUGAUCCGCACAGUGUGUUUGCUGGCAGUGCUGGGCUCCUCGUGGGCCUGGGGGCGUGUCGGCCUGUGGAGCGAUGAGGGCGUGAGGAACGGGACGGGCGGCGGCGGCGCCGAGGACAAGUGCGCCUGCGAGGCCUUCCUGCCCAGCUCAACGUUCCCCAUCAGGGACCUGGUGCUGGUGGAGCAGACGGCCGUGGAGAUAUCACACAAAGUGGAGCUGGAGAUGGGAAAGCUGGAGGAGUACGAGACCAAGCUGACGGCCUACGCCGAGAAAAUUGUGAAGCUGACGGUGAAAAUUGAACAAAUGGAGGAGAACCCCGACGACUACAGCGACGCAGACAUAGAGGAGGUGAAGGUGGAGAUCAAGCUGGUGGAGGCUCUGAUCAAAGAGCUGCAGCUGUCCAUCAACGGCUCCACCGCCGUGUUCCAGUCCCUCCGCGUGCAGAUCACAGUCAUGGUGGAGACGCUGGACCGGCUGGAGAAGACCCACGACACCAACCUGAUCCUGGCCACGCGCCGGGAGUACGUCAAGGUGCAGCUGCAGCUGGAGGAGUGCGAGCGGCGCCACGACGAGCUCUUCAACCCCAACAUUGGCUCCUGUGCACACGCAGGCAUCGUCCGGGUGGGCGCGCCCGUCGUCAGCCACCUCAACGCCCACCUCAACGCGGGCUACAAGUUCGGAGGCUGGGGCAAGGACUCCAAGCCCGUCCCGGACCGGGAGUCCAUGUACUGGUACUCCGGCUACACCAGCGCCGCCAUCGUCGACGUUAGAUUCUACACGAACUACAAGAAUCUAAUUCUGAGGAACCACUUCCAGCACCACAACCUACACAGCAACUGGGCCGGCACCGGGAACAACUUCAUCAUCCGAGACAACACCCUGUAUUAUCAGAUCAACAACCCGUUCAGUGUGGCCAAGCUGAACUUCACCACCAUGAAGUAUGAGCACAGGGUGAUCGCCAAGGCCAGCAGCAGGUUCUCAUACACCAACUCCCCCAACCAGAACUUCGACUUUGCAGCCGAUGAGAGCGGCCUGUGGGUGACCUACUCCACCGAGGAGGCCGGCGGCCGGAUGGUCAUCGCCAAGAUCAACGAGCUGUCCUUCGGAAUCGAGGAGGAGUGGCAGACGAGCGUCUACAAGCCCGGCGUGAGCAACGCCUUCAUGGUGUGCGGCGUCCUGUACGCAGUGCGGACGGUCGACAUCCAGAACGAGGAGAUCUUCUACAAGUACGACACCAAAACCAAGGAGGAGAGCUACAUGAGCGUGAUCUUUGAGCGGUUCCAGACCUCCUACUCCAACCUGGACUACAACCCCGCCGACCAGAAGCUCUACAUGUACAACGACGGCUACUACGUGAACUAUCACCUGUGGUUCAACCACACGACCAAAGCUGCUGUGGAGCCGUUGCUGCUGAGUUAAAUCACCAUGUGAUACGUUAUUCCCUUUAAUCUGAAGCAAUGAUUCUCACUUAUUCUUCUACUGAAUCACUAAUAAACUCUCUGAA